AUGGCGUACGUAGCGCUCUGUAAGGCGCUCUACGACUACGUAGCUCAGGCCGAGGACGAGCUCAACCUUACCGAGGAUGACCACCUCUACAUUCUCGAGUCUGAUGACCCCGAGUGGUGGAAGGCCAAGCUGCGUCGUCUCGAUGAGCACGGCACCCCCAUUCAGGACGACUCAGACGACAGCACCGUUGGUCUCGUCCCGGCCAACUACGUCGAGGAAGCCGAACCUAUCCGCCUGAGCCGUGCUCUGUACGACUACGAGGCACAGACCGAGGAAGAGCUGUCAAUGGCAGAAGACGAGCUGCUUCGCGUCUACGAGUCAGAUGGCGUAUGGCUUCUUGUCAAGAAGCAGGGCAACGACCCGCUCAGCGGCGGUGAGGGAAGGCUCGGCUACGUACCUGCGAACUAUGUCGACGAAGCUGAGGCGGUGGACACAGGUGCAGCUCCAGCCGUUGAGGACGAGUACACAGCCGCCGACGAAGACGAUGAAGACGACGACGAUACCGAUGUCACCGGCUCCGGCGCACCCAUCCCUCAGAUCCAUCUUCCGCAGACGGCACAGCUCGGCAAGGGUGACAACAUCAAGAUGUGGCCCGUGUCGGCCUUGGAUAGCAAAAAGAAGAAAAAGAAGGGCACUCUCGGUAUUGGCAACGCUUCGCUCUUUUUUGCUUCGGAAAGUGACAAGACUCCAGUCAAGAAGAUCAGCAUUCUUCACAUCGCCAGCCACUCGCUCGAAAAGGGCAAGACACUCCACCUCCAACUCUCACCCGAAGCAGGCCUGUCCGAGUCCACCUUGGAUUUUCAUGCAGGCUCCAAGGAUGCUGCUAACGACAUUAUCAGAAAAAUCGAGGUGAGCAAGGCCAACGCUCUCACAGCAGCAGCAGCCCCUGUUCCUGUUCCUGUUCCUGCUCCUGCUCCUCCCGCCGCCGCCGCCGCUGCUGCUUCUGCUGCAGUGCCAUUGCCCCCGCCGCCUCCACCUGCUCCGCCUGUUGCUAGCGCAGCAGCGCUGCCACCGCCCACACGCACUACAAGCGCUACCCUUCCGCCGCCCGUUCGCAAGAAUGUCUCGUUUCAGUCACAGCCCGCUGCUGAGCCGGAGGAGGCUGUCGAACAUGGCGUGGCCAUGUAUGACUUUGAGGCUCAAGGCGAUGAUGAGCUCACCGUGACCGAAAACGAACACCUCAUCAUUCUCGAAAAGGAGAACGACGACUGGUGGAAAGUUCGCAAUGAUGCCGGUCAGGAGGGUGUUGUGCCCGCCAGCUACGUCGAGGCCACUGACGCUUCCGCAGCUGCAGGUGCAAGCUCGGGCGCUACGGCUGCGGCUGCUCUAGCUGCGCAACAGGAAGAGGAAGAGCGCCUUCGACGAGAGGAGGAGGAAGCUGCCACUGUGGCUGAAGCGGAACGUCAACGCGAGGCUGUUGAUCGGCAGAGGGAGGCCAGGGAGCGCGGAGAACGAGAGGAGAAGGAGAGAGCGCGACGAGAAGCUCUCAAAGCACAGCCCGUGCCUGCGCCUCCCAAGCUCACACAGCGACCCAGCACCACCGACGUCAGCCGCGCUGCCAAAAACGUCGCGAUCCCUCAAGGUCGCAGCGCACCCGAGCGCCCCAAAGACGGCGGUAGCCGUUCCAAGCCUUCGCCUACCAACACGCGCAUGUGGACUGACCGCACUGGCGCUUUCAAGGUCGAGGCUGAGUUCCUCGGUUUCAACCAAGGAAAGAUCCGUCUGCACAAGAUGAACGGCGUUGUCAUUGAGGUCGCCAUCGAGAAAAUGUCGAACGGGGACAUUGCUUUCCUCGAAGACAUUACGGGAAAAAAGCUCAACCCUACCGACGAAGAGAUCGCUGCUUCCGCUGCACGACGACGCGAACGAGAGCGAGAACGCCAGUCGAGCCGACCCCAGUCUUCUGCAGUAGCUGGGAUGCCGCGCGAGGACCGUGAACGAGAGCGCGAACGUCGAAAGGAGAAGGAGCGUGAACAGCGCCGCCGCGAAUCAGCACGAUCGGGACCGAAGCGCAACGUCGACUGGUUCGAGUUCUUCCUCGCUGCUGGUGUUGAUGUGGACGACUGCACUCGUUACGCCAGCUCCUUCGAGCGAGAUAAGAUCGACGAGACGGUCCUGGCUGAUCUUGACCCCAGCACACUGCGUAGCAUUGGUCUGCGCGAGGGCGACAUUAUCCGAGUCACCAAGUUCAUCGACAAAAAGUAUCGCCGAGACAAGUCGCACUCUUCGUUGUCCUCGUCGCGCGCCUCUGGUCGUGCCAACGCCAACACUGCAGCGGAUCUGGAAAGGCAAAUCAAGGCAGAUGAGGAGCUGGCGCGCAAGCUGCAGGAACAGGAAAGCUCGGCUCGACGAGGCGACUCGGUGAGCCCUGCGCCGCCUCAGCUCUUCUCAGGCCCGGAUGGCACGCUCAAGAACAACACGCGGCGCGGUAGGCCUACGCCAAAGAGCACUAGCAGCAGCAAUGUGGAUGCUGCCUCGUUGGCGGCCGCCUCGGAAUCGCUUGCUCGCACUGCUACGCCUCCCGCUCGUACAGCCACGGCGAGCCCUGCAGUGGCUCCGAAGCGCACCGGCUCUUCGCUCGCCAAUGGCUUCGACGACGACGCAUGGACGCCACGACCGCCGAGCACCAAGCCAACGACACCUGCGCGGCCGACUGUAGCAUCGCCUGCGCCAUCUACGCCUGCAGCGCCUGCAGCGCCGCCUGCACCCACGCCGCCUCCAGCUGCAGUCGCUGUGGCGUCUUCGGCGCCGCCUGCUGACCCAAACUCUGCACUGUUUGAGAAGCUCGCCGCGAUGAAGGCGCCGUCAGCAAGCGUUAGCCCGCGUCCCGGUGUCAGCCCUUCGCCUGGAUCGUCGUUUCUGGGCCAAUCGCAGAUGUACAACCCGAAUGCGCCACGCGGACCGUUUGCGCCUGUGCCUGCCAACCAAGGCCUGUUGCAGCCGUUGGUGCCAACCCAGGGAACAGGACAAUUUGUGCCCACCAAGACAGGCAUGAUGGGCAUGCAGAUGACUGGCAUGCAACCGCAGCUGACUGGGUGGGGAAUGCAAGGUAUGCAGGGCAUGCAGCCUCAAAUGACGGGCUUCAACAACAGUAUGGGAAGCAUGAGUGUGAUGGGCGGCAUGGGGAUGCAGCCGCAAGCCACUGGAUUCGGUAACGGCAACGGCUACGGUAUGAAUGGCUCGUCUCCUUUUACAGGUGGCCAGAUCAGCACACAACAGACGGGCUUGGUCGGCAUGGGUAUGCAGCCGCAAGCAACGGGGUUCAACAACUUUGGCCAGAACGCACAGCAGAUGAUGACACAGCAGACAGGCUUCGGAAUGGGUUCGCAGCAGCAGGGACAACAGCUGCAAGCGGAACAAGACGAAAAGGAAAAGUUCAAGGCGUCCAACAUCUUCCAGCAGAUGAAGACGGGAGCUUUCGCCAAGGACCCGAAUGCUGCGCCGCAGUCGAGCGAAAAGUACGACGCGCUUCGGCCUCAGCCAACGGGCUUCCAGCCUGGUGGGGUGAUGCCUCAGUUUACGGGCAUGGGUUUCGGACAGUCGGCGCAACAACAGCAGCAGCAGCAACAACAGCAGUAUCCUUACAACAACGCUUACGGUGGUGGCUUUGGUGGAGGAUUCUAA